UAAACAAAACUACAGCUAAAGUGACAGUAAACAAAGCUUCAUGUGUGACAGCCGCUGAAACCUUUGGCUAAGUUAUCGUCAAAGUUUCAAUUAGCACUCGUAGUUAGUGGCUAACGUACCGCAAGGUGCUCUGAAAUAGACUUUCUCCAGGCAUCUUCACUGUUCUCUGAUGGACCCAUCUAACAAUGCGGUGCACCUCAACCACAGGAUGGAGGCUGUGGCACUGAAUGACGGCCCUGCUCCCGACGGCUCCUCCGGACAGAGGGAUACCUCGCCUGCAGACAUGCUGAGAAUAAGACAGCAGAUGUCCAACCAGUGCUUUGAGAUGGCAGUACAGCUCAAUGCAGAAAAAAGUAAGAGGUCGUGCAGUACAUCUGAAGCUGAGAGAGACUUACCAGAUUAUGUCAGUGAACUGGAAACUGUCAAGACAAAUCAUUUUAACAGCACAUUGACACUACACAGAAUGCAGAUGUGGCAUGCUAUUGGAGAAAACCUGAAACAAAAUGAUGCAGAGGCUGAUGAACUGAAAGCUGUGAGCGAUCACUGCAUGAGUCUUUGUUCACGUAUAAAACAACUUCAGAAAGAGUCUAGAGCUCUUCAAGAUGAAAUUUCAGAAAUACAGAAGAAGAGGCUUGAGAUGAAACGGCUCACACAUGAGAAAAUGAAAGAGAUGGAAGAGUUUAUGUCCAAGAAAGAUCAUCCAGAUACAGAGAAGUACAAAGCAGUGUUGGAGAAAGGCCAAGCCAACCUGGAGAAAUAUAAAAAGAUGACCAUCAUGACACAGAAUGUCCUCAGGGGUAUCCUCUUGGCCUGUAAAGUCAACUGGCUGGAUGAUCCCAAACUUCGAGACAUUGUCAUGACACUGGAGGAGUUUCCUAUCUCUGACUAGAUAAUGACUCUAUUUACUCAUGUUUAUAUGUUUCUGUGUUGUA